AUGGAGGUUCAUCAGAGCUGUUUCGUCGAUGCGACCGCGUUCACGACAGAUUUUCCCGCUUCGCGAGCAGAUUUCGUCGUGAUGCGACCGGAAUGCGUUGUCGCGUUGCCGGAAACGCUCGUGCCGCGAUCGGAUUUCGCCGCGUCGACGGCGGACGUGCGACAAUUCGUCGUCGGCCAGGAUUGUGCAAGUCGCAUGAAUAGCGAUGAAGAUUUCGUCUACGCGGCGCCACUCAAGUACGAAGCUGAAAUCUGCUCCGGAUGUGAUCGCGCAAUCCACGAACGUACACUUCUAACAGUAAAUGGAAGAUCAUGGCACGAGAACUGUCUUCGCUGUACGUCAUGUACAACGUCGUUACAAUCACAACAUACAUGUUUCUAUCGUGAUGGGAACACUUUAUGCAAAACAUGCUAUGGAAGACAGUUCGGCACGAAAUGUGCAUCCUGUGCUCGUCUGAUCCAUUCCACCGAUUGGGUUCGACGUGCACGAUCGUUUGUAUUUCAUUUGGCUUGUUUCGCAUGUGCACAAUGCAAACGACAACUAAGUACUGGUGAAGAAUUUGCAUUACAAGAUAAUCGUCUACUAUGCAAGCAACAUUUUGUCGAGUUGGUCGACGGCGAUUCGGGAGCAAAUCAACAAAAACAGAAGAUUAAGCGAGUACGAACCACAUUCGCUGAGGAACAGUUGAGCGUUUUACAGGCGCAUUUCCAAGUGGACAGCAAUCCUGACGGAGCCGAUCUGGAACGAAUAGCGAACAUUACAGGGCUAAGUAAACGUGUGACACAAGUCUGGUUCCAGGCUGAUGAUACUACUAUGGAUGAGGCCAGUUAUGUGUCACUGAGUAAUGAGGCAAUUAUUUUGCCAUGCGGACCACAUACAUCGUUACGAAUCGGGAAACCAAGCACGUGCACAGGAUCUCGGCGACGUAAAGGGCAUCCGGUGAAGCGAAAAAUCAUCGAAUGCGAUGAAGAGUCAUGCAAUUCGAAUACGUCCAUCACCGAACCUGAAGUCGUUACAACACAUGUCGAUGUCGAACAAUAUCAUCAUCAACUUCAACAACUAAAUGUUAAUGAAAGAACGUCGACCUCAGUUGACGAUAGAACGAUCUCACCAACCUCAUUACCGUCACCUGAACCUCAACAAUUUCAUAUCGGAUCCGCAACGUUUGCGGUCGAUCCAAACACAAUUGUGAUCGAUUCGAGUAAUCACGUUGUCAGUUCGAGUAACGCGGACAACCUCGAAAAACGGACAUCACCGCAAAGUUACAUGAAACGACAACUGAAUCAAGCGAUGUCAGAGGAAUGCCCGCCGGAUCCGAUUCCAAACAUGGGAUCACUACAGAAAGUGGUGGAAGAAAGUGCUGAACCAAGCGCGAAGAGAUCCAUGGAUCAAAUGGAGAUGUUACGACGGCUCAUUAUGUUGGUUGGAUCGAGUCCAGGCGGUGGUCAAGCGGCUACACUUCAACUUUUAUUAACCUCAGGAAAUCCUGCGCUUGCUUUCGCCACCACUCAACUUCUAAAUGAGCAAGCUCGGAUAGCUGCUCUAAAUCCACUGCCGUCAACUUGCCUAAGGGACAUCGCUCAGAAUGAUUCGCAAGCUGUUUUGACAUCAUUGCUGAGCACAUCCACAAGGAACGAUUCGUCUGAUGUAACAGAAGCAACAAAACAAAUGGAUGUCUCCACCACCGUAACCAAUCGAACAAAUGCCUCAUCAAAUAGGCCCACUACCGAUGCUCAUUCUUUGUUGUCGUCGUUUAUUUCCAAGCUUAUUGCUGAUUCUACAAGCUGUGAUGCGAAAAGUGGAACAAACAAGGCGAAAGCGUCGUCAUCAUCUGUCAACACUUCAUCCUUGAUGAACACCUCUUCCGUAGCAUCGCCAACCACACCAAAAUUCGCUCUUACAUAUCAUCCAGAGGCCACAAACGGUCUACUUUUUCAACCGGACAGCACAAGUGACUCAACACCAGAGAGUCGAGUGAUUACACCUAGAGGCGAAACACAAGCGCUUUGUUUACGACUUGAGCAACCAUCAAAACGGAUGAACAAGUGUGAAAACUCGACGCUUUUAAACCCACUAUCCUUGGCAUCACGAUCCGUAAAUCAAUGGAGUACAUCGGAUAUGGAUGCAGUUUUCAACUCACCUCUAUUCCGCACUCUACCGCGGAUGUCCUUUCGACCACCCACAAAACGGAAACUCUUCGACGACUUUACAGCGUCUACCUCCAGUCCACAAAAUUCGCGUCCAGAAAUAGAUGAUCUUGAAAGCUUUGCCCAGCACUUCAAGAAACAACGCAUCAAACUCGGCUAUACCCAAGGGGAUGUUGGUCUUGCGUUGGGCCGGAAGUAUGGAACGGAUUUCUCACAAACCACUAUAUCUCGUUUUGAGGCAAUGAACCUAUCGUUUAAAAAUAUGUGUAAACUUCGACCGCUACUGAAGGAAUGGCUAGAAGGACAGGAAGCAGCAAUAGCGAAUGGUGCGAAUGUUGAGGAAUUAAGAACGAUUGAGAUAGCGAAAGAGAAAGUGGAGGAAUGUGUAGAAGAAGUCCCUGUACAUGUUCCGAACUCAGAGCCUAUUAUGAAAAGACGUCGAAAACGGACGAAUCUUGAUUUAUCACAGCGAAAAUCACUCGAUAACUUCUUCCUAGCGAAUCCACGUCCUGGACAUGAAGAAAUGGUUCGAAUCGCAAACGCAUUGGACUUGGAACGAGAUGUUGUUCGAGUAUGGUUCUGCAAUCGCCGGCAGAAACUGCGCCGAUCGGAGGAUCUCUUCCCAACCAUAGAUACUGCAAGAGUUAAGUCGAAAAAAGUGUUUCCGAUGAAUCUCACUAAAGAUAAGAGUGACGUUGUCGCAGCAGCUGUACCAGAAGCAGCUAAAAAUGCAACGAAUCCUGGAUAA